CACUCCAGGCGAAUAACAAGAAACGCCCUUGUCGGAUAGUCGGAAGAUCUUUCCAUUGUUUCGAAAGCCCGUUCUUGGCUGCUGGUGAACACCGUGACACCACCGUGCGGAGCGAGGACUGAUGAGGCAGUAGAAGCGCGCGGCGGCGACGGGGAGUGCGUACUCCGUGAACAAAAAUAGCUCUCGACUGCCACUGAAUCGAUGCUGCCGCAACACUGCGUACGCUGAACUCGAUCAUCGGUGAUCUGGCGCGUUUGUGCAUGGCCCGGCCGGUGUCAGCAGUACAAACGAGUACGGUACGCAACAUUUGCCGGUGGCCACGUCCCGCGACAGACACUGGCGAUGUUCCGGCGAUAAACAUAACCUAGCAUUCGAACAGUUGAAUUGAGCGCGCGGUGUCGCCAGCUUGGAGGGUGGAAAAUGCAUGCCAUGCGCACACGCGCGCACCAGACAAGCGGAGAGUUUUUGUAGGCCCAUGCGCAGCUGACCAACCGCAACCACAAUCUACUGAGAGAGAGAAAGACUGCUAAAGAGACUGUGACUGGUGUGAUUUUUCGUUCUUAUGAAAAGCGUUUCGAAACAGUUUUCGACGUCAUCUCCGACUUACAUUGACAUGCAAAACAAACUCAUGAAAGAUGAUCCACUGCUGCUCAUCACGUUCCCGAUCUACCGUCACGAAACCCCUCCCCUCACCUCUUCACAGAAGCUUUACAUACUGCCCGGGGGUGGCAAUACACAGACAAUGACAUUAUGUAUAUACCCGCUGGCAUAUAAGCGUGUAGACGAGGAUAACAUAAUUUCAAAACCGUAUACAAUAAUACACCGGGAACACAGGGGCGCAACAAACAUCACUUAAAGAACGCCGUAAACUCACCCCACAAGCACACGCUCACAAUCAAAACCCUCCCGUUUGCUAUCUCGAGAAAAAUCGUGCAGGGUUGCGACCCCCGGGACCGAACCAUGCUGCUGUCCCACUGGGCGCAGUGUUACGUGGAUUGUCCCAGCUGAAGGAGCGCAAACCGUUGCAGAAAUCGUUGCAGUACGGAUACGGUUUUAUUUGCAAGAGGAAAGCUAGAUUGAAAGCCGCACGACUCGAGCCCGCUAGUAGCAGAGCGCGAUGGCACUGGACGAGCCGAAGGUGGUACCGGAAGGUGGUGACCAGCAGCCACUGGGCAGCGAUGGAGCAGACGCGAAACGUGACGACGCGCCCGACUACUACAAACGACCCAAGUUCAAGCGAAACAUUAUCCCAUUCGACACGGAGGACCUGUCGGUGCGAGUAAUCCGGGAACGCUUUCUCAUCCCGAACCAGGUGUCCGAGGGCAGCCCGGCUCAGAAGGCGGGCCUCCAGCUGGGCGACCAGAUCCUGAAGAUCAACGGGGCCGACGCAUCGGCCAUGCGGCUCGCGACGGCCCAAUCCGUCAUCAAGCAGGCCGGCGAACAGCUGCAGAUGAUCGUAGCAAAAGACGACGAGAACAACCGCAAGGCGGAAGAGCAGGGCCAGCCGAAGGAAACGCGCGAAGUUAAGUUCGCAGUCCCUUGCGAUAGCCGCCGUUCCAGCUUCGAUUCGACAGUGUCGUCGUCGUCGUUGUCGGGGCAUGAUCACCGCUCGCUGUCCUGUGAAUCCUGCGACAGCCUCAGUGUGCUGGCGGUCGAGCAGCAGUUGCGCCAAAUGCAGCAGCAGCUGAACGAGAUCAGCGUAAUACCGAUGCAGAUACAGGCGACGCUGAGCUUUCUCACCCAAACUCUGUCCAAGUUUGCUCCGCCCGAGGUACAGCGUCAGCUACCGGAGGCUUUGCGUGCAUCGACCGCAAAAGCGACCGAGGAAAUGGACGGGUUUGUCAACGGUACAGAGUCAUCCGGAGAGAGAGAUGCGGCGCAGGACGACAGUGAAGGCGAUGAAGCUAACGAUGAGGAAGCAUAUGCCAUUACGCUGGAGACUUUAUUCGAUGAGUCGGAGGUUCUUGAGACGAUACCGGCGAGAACCGAUGAAGCCGAAGACGACGAGAACAGUACCGAGGAACCUGAAAUCAGCGAAGAGGAGCGAUCGAGGAUCGAAAAGCUAGAGCGUGUAAUUAAACUACAGAAAUCCUGGCCAUGGAGUCAACAGGAGAAGCCCAUCCAUAAGCGAUCCAACUGCCAUUUGGUGCCGAGCGUAGCGCUGGAACGGUCCAAGAUCAAACAGCUCACUAACAUGGAUUCGCUGCCAUUUUACAAGCAUGGAUAUCUUACUCGUGUUUGAUUAGCAUGUGGGACAGGAAGGAGCAGGAGCAGCGGUAAAUAGGUUACACAAAUUCUAGUCCGAGAGAGGUUUACGAGUUUUGUUGGAAAUGUACACUUUUUUAAUUUUCUUAACCGAUAAAGUUUUUGGUUUAAGGUUAACAUAAUCACAUUCGAAUGAAAAAAAAACGUUGAAAUGACUUCAAAUAAAGCAUUACAAUUAUACUUUUCUUCACUAAAA